CUAGCAACUACCAUUGCCGCCGUCCAACCGUUGUUCGGCUAUUACUAUCCAUGAAUCCAUCCACGGCAUUUCCCAAGGCCGCGGCUCUCCCCGCGCGUCUGUUGCGGACCCAGCGACAAUAUUCUAAGCAGACUUCCGGCAAUAGCGUUCACUCAUCCAACCAAACAAGAAACUACCAUGCAACUGUCUCUGCUUCUCCGGCUAGGCGCCUCCGGGAGGGCGUUUGCAAGAGAAAGGAAUCUUUGGUGAUAUCGGCUAGGGCCUUCCACACUACCUCGCCUCUUUCGGCUAUUUCCGACCCUUACAAGGUCCUAGGCGUGGAUAAAAAAGCAUCCGCCAGCGACAUAAAGAAGGCCUACUACGGCUUAGCCAAGAAGUACCACCCUGAUACCAACAAGGACGCCCAGGCCAAAGACAAGUUUGCCGAAGCCCAGACAGCCUACGAAUUGUUAUCCGACGCCCAGAAGCGAGAGAACUACGACCGGUAUGGUUCGGCGGCUUUCGAUCAGAAUGGCGGGUUCAAUCCAAACGCUGGCGGCAGCCCAUUCUCUGGUGCGGGGGGAUUCCAUGGCUUUGGCGGUGGAGGUGGCUUUGGUGGGGGCUUUUCCGGCGACAUCAACUUCGAGGAUCUUUUUGGAGCCUUUACCGGAGGAGCGCGCCGUGGACCCCGGGGUGGGCGCAACCCUUUCCAGGAACAGAUUUUGGUCGGUGAAGACAUUGAGGUGCAAACAAACAUCUCGUUCAUGGAAGCUGCGAAGGGCACGUCCCAGGAAAUCGUCAUCACGCCUUUGACGAAGUGCGGAACCUGCAAAGGUGAUGGAUUGAAGUCUGGUGCCAAGCGGUCCCAAUGUCGUCAGUGCAACGGCACAGGUACCCGCGUUCAUCUCAUGCAGGGAGGCUUCCAAGUCGCCGCCACGUGUGACGCUUGUGGAGGUGCCGGUAUGUCUGUUCCCCGAGGAUCAGAGUGCAGCCCCUGCAAUGGAAAUGGUGUGAUCCGAGAGCGUAAGACUAUCAAGGUAGACAUCCCCGGUGGUGUCGAAGAUGGCAUGCGUCUACGUGUGACCGGCGAAGGUGACUCCCCACCAACUGGAACAGCUGUUCCGCCUGGUGCCCGUACCCAACCUGGUGAUCUUUACGUCUCCAUUCGAGUCGCUCCAGACCAUCGCUUCAGCCGCUCCGGGUCCGACAUUCUCUACACAGCCUCAAUUCCCCUCACCACUGCCAUCCUUGGUGGUGAGGUGACCAUCCCAACUCUCGACAAUCAAGUGAAGGUCAAGGUGGCCACUGGUACGGGCACCGGUGACCGGAUCACUUUGUCAGGAAUGGGCAUGAAGAAGCUUAAUGGCCGUACUCGCGGUUUCACUCCCAAUGGUGAUCUUAAGGUCGAAUUUAAGGUUGCCAUGCCCAAGUAUUUGACAGGCAACCAGCGCACCAUUUUGGAGGUCCUCGCCGACGAGAUGAACGAUAAGACAGCGAAGCGGACAAUGAACUUCAGCAAGGAUAGCCCCCCUGCUUCUGAUAGUGCCGGUGACGCUGCCAAAAACGAAGGUUUCCUGAAGUCUGUCUGGCAUCGACUCAUGGAGAAGCAUGGUGAUUCCUCCAAGCCAUCUCAAGCUGACAAGAAAGACUCCAAAGACUCCAAGGAUACGGAAAACAAGGAUGCUGGCAACGAUGCCAGCAAGGAUAGCUCGAAGAAGUCGAGUUAA